AUGGCUGAUGAUGUUGCUCUUCAGAUUGAACCUUUGAGUAGUGGCUCUGAAGACAAAGCUGCCAAGGUUGUUGCUACUACCUCUUUUGAUGGCUUGGACCACAACAGUUUUCCUACCCAAGUCUCUCCUAAUAUAGAUAAAAAUUAUGGUUUCACGCCACUUCACAAAGCUUGUAAGAAUAGUAGCUUUGAAAAGGUUUAUAAAUUGAUGCAUAGCAAUGAUACUUCAAUUUUUGCUACUGAUAAUGAUGGGCGUACACCACUUCAUUAUGCUUGUGAAGGGGAUGAUAAAAGAAUUGUUGAGCUUCUUAUUCAGAAGAGUGCUGGUUGUGUCAUGUCUGAUUUGAAUGGAAUUGAAGAAGUUCUAAUACUUAAUGAUCCUGGUGUUCAAUCUAAAGUUAAAGAGUAUAUCAAUUGCACUGAUAAUCUAAAA